UUAAAAAUCUAUUUAAAGAAUUAUUUCAAUAAAAUGUAUCAUUUUCAAAAAUUCAACAAAUAUACGCCUUUAUUUAGCUCAUUUUUACUUGUCUUCCUUGCAUAUUUAGAGACAGCUAAUGGAUAUUUGGUCGGAAGAUUGCUUAGUUUACAGAAUGUUGAUGAUGCCCACAAACAAUUACUUGUAGCUACAGCCACGGGAGAUCAUAAAGCAUUGCUAAAGCCUCCGCUUGUAGUAAUUGAAAUGCCUGAAUUGCCACCGAAUGCAAAGUUGCCAUUCGAGCUUGUAAAUAAUAACGAUGCUGGAGAUAAAAGAUUAACAAUGUCUCAAAUCAAAACUGAUGAUUAUUCUGAACGUCCACUAUCUUUAACAAAAAAAUCAUCAAAACAAGAAGAAAUUGGCAAUGAAGAAAUAACAGAAAAUGAAGGAAAUUUAAAUAGAAUUUUAAAUAUUCGUUCAAUUCGAGAUCCAAUAGGGGCAAGGAAUUGUUUCUUUACACCUAUUCAGUGUAUGAUUCAUCAUGAUAUGAGCAAAUACAGAAAAUUAGUUGAUUCGGAUAUUCGAUUACAAAGAAGUGGAUAA